AAGCACGCUUGAAUUUAGCGCGCACGCCCAUCAUUACGACGGCUGAGAGGGGAUAAGGGCAUGGGUUCCCCGCUCCGCGGCUCCCCGUUAUAUAUCCUGCACUUCUUCCUAUCUCUGCAGACGCCACACGUGAUUGGAGGAGAGCGGGUCAACUCUCAGAUUCUGAAAUGGCGUAUGAACUCGAUGAGGUACUGGAAGAGUUAGGACGUUUCGGAAAAUACCAAGCCUUUACCUUCAUAUACAUAACCGUACCGAUCAUAUUUCACGUAAUUACUGGAUUAAGUUUCAUCUUCACGGCUGGAACCGUCGAGCAUAGAUGCCACGUUCCGGGGUGCGAGGCGGACUGGUCCAGCGGGGGGCUGGAGCUGGAGCCGCGCUGGCUGCGGUACGCGGUGCCCCACGAGACGCGCGCGGGUGCGUUGCGGCCGGCUCGCUGCCUCGCCUACGCCCGGGCCAACGACACCGACACCGACACCGACACCGCAGCGCCCGACGGAGAGUGCCCGGCCUCCCUCUUCUCCAAUGACACUCUGCGCUGCGAGCACUGGGUCUUCGAGAACCCUCGCGCCACAAUUGCCGGAGAGUGGGACAUCACGUGUGAUGAAAACCAAUGGAAGUUGACGCUAGUGGGUACCGUCAACAGUGUUGGAUACUUUGUAACCACACCCAUCGCUGGAUAUGCUUCAGACAGAUUUGGGCGCAAAACGGUGCUUUUGUACGCUGUGGGCCUGUCCGCCUUAGUGGGCAUCGCACGCUCCUUCUCGCCGAACUACAUCGUCUUCAUCAUCAUGGAAUUCGUUGACAUGGUCUGUGGAGGCAGCGUCUACGAGACUGCCUAUGUUCUAGGCAUGGAACAAGUGGGCCCCAGCGCGCGGGUGCUGGCCAGCGCUAUCAUGGGCGCUGUUGACGUCAUUGGUGAAAUCCUCCUCGGGUUCCUUGCUUGGCUGCUACAAGACUGGAGGAUGCUGCUGCGCAUUGCUUACCUGCCAGGUUUCAUCAUGGUCUCCUGUUACUGGUGGAUCCUGCCAGAGUCAGUACGUUGGUUGAUGGUUAAUGGAAGAGCAAGUGACGCAAAUGUCAUAAUUCAAAAAGCAGCAAAGCAGAAUGGUGUGGACCUAUCAGAGAAGGCCAUCAAGAGGAUGCAAUUAGCGCAGAAAACAGCACCAGUCCACGAUGACAUCCAUGGAUCAGAUAGCACUGAUGACAGCUGCAAAACUGGAAAACUAGAUGCUAUUGUGCAAGUGAUGCACUCCUCCACACUUAUGGUGCGCUUGUUUGUCUGCUGUUUCUGCUGGGGUACCAACAUGUUUGUGUUCUAUGGGCUGUCACUGUAUUCGGUGGCAAUGGCAGGCAACAAGUAUCUCAACUUUAUGUUGGUGAGCUUGAUUGAAUUGCCAGGCUGUCUAGCUGCAUACUAUGCACUGGAGCGUAUGGGUCGACGUGUCACACUCAGCACCUCUUUCCUGCUUGCAGCUGUUGCUUGUCUUGCCUUCACAGUCGUUCCUCCAGAUAUGCAGACUGUCCGUAUAUUGUUGUACCUUGUUGGCAAGUUUGGGAUAACCAUCUCAUACAGCGCAAUCCACGUGUAUGCAACUGAACUCUUUCCAACUCAAAUACGUCAUCUCAUGAUAGGAACAUGCACCAUGGUCGGAGGCGCAGGAGAGAUGGCAGCACCCCAAGCUCCACUCUUGGUGGCAUAUGCAGAGUGGCUGCCAGUGGCUGUUUUUGGAGCAAUGGCACUAGCAUCAGGCCUUCUAGCACUUAUUUUCCCAGAAACAAAAAAUACACGUCUACCAGAUACUAUUCAUGAAGCUGAAGAUAUUGGACGUUCUGAACCAAACACAGUGGUUUAGUGCAUUUGGUUACUUUGCUACAUGUACACUCACUUCAUAAUAAAGAAAUUAACAUUUUGUGAUAAAUGAUUUAAGCCAUAGAUCAUGUGCCAUGUUAAAAUAUAUUUCAUAGUUCACAUACAUAUGGUAUCAUCUGCUGUGAUCCAACUAUUUAUAUAAUGCAUAGUAUUAGUGUAAGAGAGAAAUAUCAGGAUUAAAUGAAUACAUGCAGCAUUUUAGUAUUUUCGGCCUUUUCUCAUUAUUUAUUGUGGCUGCAAAGAAAAUAUAAUGCUGCGUAGAGAGAUUGUGAGUUACUACAGUUGAGUUUGAAUGAUACAAGAAAAACUCGUCUCCUGUUAGUGCCAAGUGUGAAUCUAUAAGUGUACAGUUUUACAUUUAUUCAUCAGUUAUCAAGAAUUUAUUGGAGUUACCACUUCAUGCUACAGAUCAUCUGAACAAACAAGUGUGAAAGUUCAACUGUUAACUCUAACAACUAUGCCAAAACUAGUUUGUUACAGUACAUGUGUUUUAAAAUAUGUAAUUUUUAUACGAAACAGUGUAUCAGUUUGAAUUAGCAAAUAAAAUGCAUCAUAAGCCUACUCUCAGUUAGUUAGUUAAUAUGUAAGUUAGUUAAUUUGUAAGUUAGUUACAGCACAUUUUUUGAAAGAUGAAAAACGUAAUAGUAGUAUAUUAAAAGACUAUUCAGCCACUUUACUACAAAAGAAAAGUACUUUGCAUCCUCAAAUGUGAUUUCCAGAAGAUUGUGUGAUGUACCUUUAAGUAUUGUCAAUUUUUGCUAUUUUUUUCAUUCCAAAUGAAUUAAGAAAGCACUCAUGAAUCAUGAUAAUUGCUGUACUGACCUUAUC